AUGUCGGAAGCGACGAACGAAAUACCACUGGACCGCAAGUUGACCGAGAUUUUCGACGAAGGAUACAGCGCCAUGAACCGCCUGGAUGAAAACACGAACGUUCCUACCAAUGCAAACGAAUUUCAGCUAGCAGUAAAGAAAGCGAUUGGCCUGUUUGAAGAUGCCACCAGGCUCGUCAGUCUGGUCGGAAUGUUUAGCACGAACGAAUCGUAUGAGGAAGUUCCGACGGAAAACCUGCGCUACUUUCUGCUACCGUAUUUUCUCGGCAGCAUGACGCUGCGGUUGUGCAACGUUAAUCGGGCGGAAGUUGUAGAAGUGGCGGAAGUUUACUUUAAGGAUUUUUUAGCACGGUGUGAAAAUUACAAAUUAUACGAAACACCCGAUAAGGACAGUGAGGCUGCGCUGAACGAAUUGGCUUUGGUACCUGGUGCAUCGAGCGAUAAGAUACGCGAACUGCAACGUAUGGGACAGCAGAGGAAUGAGAAGAUACGCAAAUUUCAGGAGAAGAAAGAGCUGGACGAAAAGAUUAAACAACUGCGUUACGUGGUCGAACAGUCCGAGGCGAAAAUAGACGAUGAGAUGAAGCGGGAUUUCUUUCUAUCCCUAUUGAAAUCGGCCAUCAUAGAAUCGCAAGACGAGCUGGAAAGUAUCGCCAGAGAAAAACAAAUGUUACAGUACGUUGCGGCCGCUAAACAAAGUGGCGAUAAUGAGUUUGAGGACGGUGCUUUGAGCUCUGGCAUGAAAAAACGACCAGUAAAACCUCUGAAGCCCAUCAUCAUCACCCGGGAUGCAGUGCAGAAAGCCGUUUAUGGCAGGGGCUAUCCGAGCCUGCCGACGAUGACGGUGGCCGAAUUUUACGAGCAACGUGUGGCGGAAGGUAUUUUCCCGGAUCCGGAAAAGAUGAAGGAAGUGAACAAAAACUCACUCAUGAACAAGGUGCACAUGGAUAAUGCGGCCGAGCAGGAUCGUGAAGAUGAGGCACAGGAGCAGCUGAUCGAGCGUGACGAUGAGGAGUAUCUGGCGCGCCAGCGGGCAAAGGAUGAGUUCAAGGACGAACAUCGCCGUGGUGAAGGAAACCGAUACAACCGUAGCUAA